AUGCCAAAGUGGGAUGUAGUUUGUUGGACAACUAUAAUAACUGCUUGUUCCCAACAAGGGCAUGGACAGGAGGCUUUUUCACUGUUCUCGCAGAUGUUAAGUGAGGGGUUUUCACCUAAUGAGUUUACGGUGUGUGGUGUUCUCAAGGCUUGUGGGGAAGAGAAGGAGUUAAGAUUUGGGAGGCAGUUACAUGGUGCCUUAGUUAAGAAGAUUUACAAGAAUGAUGUUUUUAUAGACACUUCUCUAGUUGAUAUGUAUGCAAAAUGCGGGGAGAUGAUAGACUCAAGAACAGUUUUUGAUGGAAUGAAGAACCGAAACACAGUUACAUGGACAUCUAUUAUAGCAGGGUAUGCUCGGAAGGGCUUCAGUGAGGAGGCCAUAUGCCUCUUUCAAGUAAUGAAGAGGCGAAAUAUAUUUGUCAACAACUUGACCAUUGUAAGCAUCCUCAGAGCAUGUGGCUUGAUGAGGGAUUCGCUGAUGGGGAGGGAAGUUCAUGCACAGAUAUUAAAGAACUCAACUGAAACCAAUUUACACCUAGGAAGUACUUUAGUGUGGUUCUACUGUAGGUGUGGGGAGUACUCUAAUGCUACAAAGGUCCUCCAACAAAUGCCUCUAAGAGAUGUUGUCUCAUGGACUGCCAUCAUUUCUGGCUGUGCUCAUCUUGGGUUUGAGUCUGAAGCUCUUGAAUUCUUGAAUGAAAUGAUGGAGGAUGGGGUGGAGCCCAACGCAUUUACUUACUCAUCCGCUUUGAAAGCAUGCGCCCAGCUGGAAACCGUUCUGCACGGGAAAUUGAUUCACUCCUCUGCAAAUAAAAGUCCUGCCAUGUCUAAUGUUUUUGUGGGUAGCGCUUUGAUUUCUAUGUAUGCAAAAUGUGGCUAUGUAACGGAGGCAUUUCAAGUUUUUGACAGCAUGCCAGAACGGAAUUUGGUUUCUUGGAAGGCUAUGAUAGUGGGUUAUGCAAAGAAUGGUCUCUGCCAGGAGGCUAUGAAGCUCAUGUAUCGGAUGCGAACAGAGGGUUUUGAGGUGGAUGAUUACAUCCUUGCCACUGUUCUUACUGCAUGUGGAGAACUCGGAUGGGAGAUGGACCCUUCAUUGAGUGUAGCUUGCAGUCCAGUUGAUCCUUUUGCCUGA